CUCUCUCCAAACUCUGCUGAGAGCCGGCUGCUGCUGCUGUCCGCCUGCCUCGCUGUCUCCGGGGCGACUUCUCCUCCUCAGGCUCUCCUUUCACACACAGACACACACACACACACACAUACACACACCCGCACGCGAGCGCGCGCGCGCUCUGGCUCGCUGGGCCGCCCCCUUUUCUCCAGCCCUGCUCACCCUCACCCUCACAAUCCUUUAAACGCCGCCGUCGGGGGUGGACGGAGGAUUGAUGUCCCUUCAGCAUCAUGCAGCCGCCGCCGAGGAAGGUGAAAGUUACACAAGAACUGAAAAACAUUCAAGGUGAGCAGAUGACAAAACUUCAAGCCAAACAUCAAGCAGAAUGUGAUUUACUUGAAGAUAUGAGGACUUUCAGUCAGAAGAAGGCUGCUAUUGAAAGAGAGUAUGCACAGGGUAUCCAGAAGUUGGCUAGUCAAUAUCUGAAGAGAGAUUGGCCUGGAAUAAAAAGUGAUGAUCGGAAUGAUUACAGGAGUAUGUAUCCUGUUUGGAAAUCUUUUCUUGAGGGAACAAUGCAGGUAGCCCAAUCUCGGAUCAAUAUAUGUGAAAACUAUAAAAACUUCAUUUCUGAACCUGCAAGGACAGUAAGAAGCUUAAAAGAACAGCAACUAAAACGGUGUGUGGACCAGUUGACAAAAAUCCAAACAGAAUUACAAGAAACUGUGAAAGAUUUAGCAAAAGGUAAAAAGAAGUACUUUGAGACUGAACAGAUGGCUCAUGCAGUAAGAGAGAAAGCUGACCUCGAAGCAAAGUCUAAACUUAGUCUUUUUCAAUCAAGAGUCAGUUUACAGAAAGCAAGUGUGAAGUUAAAAGCCCGACGAUCUGAGUGUAAUUCCAAAGCUACUCACGCAAGGAAUGAUUACCUUCUUACGCUAGCCGCAGCAAAUGCACAUCAGGACCGCUACUAUCAAACAGAUUUAGUUAACAUUAUGAAGGCCCUCGAUGGAAAUGUGUAUGACCACCUCAAGGAUUAUUUAAUAGCCUUCAGCCGGACCGAGCUGGAAACUUGCCAAGCUAUACAGAACACAUUCCAGUUUUUACUAGAAAACUCAAGCAAGGUGGUACGGGACUAUAACCUUCAGCUGUUUCUACAAGAGAAUGCUGUAUUUCACAAGCCUCAGCCCUUCCAGUUCCAGCCUUGUGACAGUGACACUAGUUUAAAAGCCGCCCAACUGGUGGAUAUUGAGCUCUCCCCUGUCAGUGCCCUGAGAAUGACCAUAGCUGAGAGUCGACAAUUAGAAUCAGAAACUGGUACCACAGAGGAACACAGUCUAAAUAAGGAGGCUCGGAAAUGGGCCACACGUGUAGCACGUGAGCACAAGAAUAUUGUUCAACAGCAGCGGGUUUUAAAUGACCUGCAGUGUCAUGGAGUUGCUGUAUCAGAGCAGAGUCGAGCAGAGCUGGAGCAGAAAAUAGAGGAAGCUAGAGAAAAUAUCCGUAAAGCAGAGAUAAUUAAAUUGAAAGCUGAAGCCCGGCUAGACCUGCUAAAGCAGAUUGGGGUUUCCGUGGACACGUGGCUGAAGAGUGCCAUGAACCAAGUGAUGGAGGAGCUGGAAAAUGAGCGGUGGGCUCGCCCUCCAGCUGUGACCAGCAAUGGCACUCUGCACUCGCUUAAUGCAGAUGCUGAACGAGAAGAAGGAGAAGAAUUUGAAGACAACAUGGAUGUUUUUGAUGACAGCAGCUCCAGCCCUUCUGGCACGUUAAGGAAUUACCCACUUACCUGCAAAGUUGUUUAUUCCUAUAAGGCUUCUCAACCAGAUGAGUUGACCAUUGAGGAGCAUGAGGUGUUAGAAGUGAUUGAAGAUGGAGAUAUGGAAGACUGGGUAAAGGCUCGAAAUAAAGUUGGACAAGUGGGUUAUGUUCCAGAAAAGUACCUACAGUUUCCCCCCUCGAACAGCCUGCUGAGCAUGCUGCAGUCUCUGGCUGCUCUGGACAGUCGGUCACACACGUCCAGCAAUUCCACAGAAGCAGAACUCGUUUCAGGCCUCAAUGGAGAUGCUAGUGUCUGUUUUGUGAAAGCACUUUAUGAUUAUGAGGGCCAGACAGACGAUGAGUUGUCCUUUCCUGAGGGAGCAAUUAUCCGUAUCUUGAACAAAGAAAACCAAGAUGAUGAUGGCUUCUGGGAAGGGGAAUUCAAUGGGCGAAUUGGCGUAUUCCCAUCGGUGCUCGUGGAAGAACUCUCAGCCUCAGAGAAUGGUGACACUCCAUGGACAAAAGAGAUUCAGAUCUCUCCAUCUCCAAAGCCGCACACAUCCCUGCCUCCACUGCCGCUGUAUGACCAGCCUCCCAGCAGCCCUUAUCCCAGUCCAGAUAAGAGGAGCUCCCAGUUCUUCCCCCAGUCUCCUUCAGCCAGCGAAAACAGCCUUCAUGCUGAAUCACCAGGGUUCUCACAAGCCUCAAGGCAGAUUCCUGACACCUCAUAUGGCAAGCUGCGGCCUGUUCGGGCAGCACCCCCACCACCCACACAGAACCACCGACGACCAGCUGAGAAAAUGGAGGAUGUGGAGAUCACACUGGUGUGACAGUGGGUUUACCUUCUGUUAUUGCUACAAUCAAGGCCAGGCUUGGAGUUUGGCCAGUCGUUUUUAGGCACCUUUGCAUGAUGAUGACUCUUGAACAGAGCAAAACCACGGAGGAUUCUAUGUGACUGGUUGGCCUGAUUGUGCCUCUUUUGUUGUCAUUUUCUAUGUCAUCUCUCCUACCAUAGCACAAACAUAGCGGGUCCUAGAUGCAGAGGGAGCAGCUCUCAUGCCUUAUGGCGGCCCAUUUUUAUGAGACUCAAGGCCAGACCCAGGUCCAGGGCACAGUCCCAGAAUUCCUGCUCAUGUGCACUUGUACAGUAUAUUACUGUAGUCACAAGGCUGUGGCAAAGAUCUCAUCUGUCUUCGAGUGGACUUGGCUCUUCUGAUUAAGUAUAAAUCAGAUUAUGUUGACUAUAUAAGGAGACAAGAAGGAUCCAGGAGAGGCUGGCUCCUCCCUGAGGUUCAUUCCCAUACUGAAAAUGCAACCCUACUGGGAAGAAAGUGAACUGCCUGAGCUUAGCGCCAGUUGCAUUAAUGCACAUCUCUUCCACAACUAACAGAUUUAAAAUAACAGUGUCCUUUGUAUUAAUAUUUAUGCCAUUCAUUUAGUAUUAGUGGGCUAACCUGGAGGGGCUGAAGCCACAUCUUGCCCAUCACAUAGAAGAAGGGAGUAGAAGGGAGGUUAUGGCGAAAGCAGAAGUGGAGCUUCCAGAUCUGAAAUGAACCACUUUAAUGUUCUUUUUGUCUUUGGGUAUUUUUCCCUCUUGGUUUUUAUAGUGUAUACGCUUCUGACCAGUAUCCUUUGAACCCAAGUGUCUGGCUGCAUUGAGGACACAGGUCUACGUCGUGCAGCUUCUCUAUGGGGAAGGCCCUUAUAUUUUAUUCCCAAGCCAGAGUACUGGCCCAGACAUUGGGUUGUGAUUGGUGCAGAUCAGCUGUCACCUGCAGAAAGUGCAGCUUCAGGUACCACUGCCCUGGUAUUUGUCUGGGGUAAAGAAGCUGUGGGCCCUGGAAGAAACCUGUUUCCUGUGGAAAGGAUAAAGGACUGCACACCUGCACAGGUGAAACCAAGGAGACCAGACCUACUGGUCAUGGGAGAGCAACCUGGUGUUCCCUAUGGCUACAGCAGCAGGGCCCUGAAGGGCUGCCCACAAUAUGGACUGUAGGUCUUCUUGACCUAGGAAACAAAGUAAUGUUUGCCAAUUCCCUUUUACUAUGGUUAGGAAAUGAAAUUCACAGAUUUAAAGGUUAUAUGAUGCUUUGAAAUUUCCAUCCCUCCUGAGACUCUAAAAACUUGAAAUGCUCACAUGUCCCCAUGGGAUCUUUGACUGAUCUCAGAACUGAAAGGACUUCCAGUCAUUUGAUCUCUUUAGCAAUGAUGCUCUAAUGACUCCUCUCUAUAAAUAUGGAUUUUGUUUUUUGGAUUUCUUUAUCUGUUGAUCUAUUUGAGGUCUUUUUAUGUUUAUCAAACUUAUUCUUAAGUUUAAAAAAUUAAAAGGGUGUUUUAAGAUUUUCAAAUUUGCUGAUCUUUAAAGUGCUUAUAAUAGAGCAAUUCCUGCCACCCAGUCUUGUAUUCUCUUUAGCUAACCAAGUUGUCCUUGGAUUUGAGUUUCCCAUAACCUCAGAGUUAUUUGAACUCUUUUGUUAUAUUUUAAAUUUUUUUGGAAGAGCUGCUAAUUUUAAGGACAACGUUGAAAAAUAUGCCUUCUUUUUAAAAAAAAUAACGCUUCUCUUUAGGCUGAGUAGCAGCAUCACCAUGCACAAGUCAGGGCUCAAAGGAAGCCUCCGUGCAGAUGCUCUUUCUUUACAAUGGCUGUAAAAAGUUUGUAUUUAUUAUGUAUAAAAUAUUGAAUAAAAAAUGGAAUUAAGUUU